CUGUAGUUUUCUGUUGUGCCAUGGACGGGCGGUUAGAGACUGAUUUGUAUCCUCUUGGAUCCAGUUACGUCACUGAACUAGAAGAUGUCAGGUAUAAAGAGCUACUGUUGAGAGAGGGACUGAGUGUCCAUGAUAUUGCAGUUGGCACAAAGAGGGGUUCUGACGCACUCUUUACCUCCUGCAUAUCAAACGGACCAUAUAUCAUGAACUCCGGUGCAGCAAAUGGAAAUGACAGCAAGAAGUUUAAAGGAGACAUUCGUAGCCCGGGCGUUCCGUCGCGCGUCAUCCACGUGCGCAAGCUUCCCAACGACAUCAACGAGGCCGAGGUGAUCUCUUUGGGACUGCCCUUUGGCAAAGUGACCAACCUGCUGAUGCUCAAAGGGAAGAACCAGGCCUUUCUGGAGAUGAACACAGAGGAGUGUGCCCAGACCAUGGUCAGCUACUACUCCUCAGUCACGCCAGUCAUCCGUAACCACCCCAUCUUCAUGCAAUACUCCAACCACAAGGAGCUGAAGACUGACAACUCGCCAAACCAAGUGAGGGCACAGGCGGCACUGCAGGCAGUGAAUGCGGUGCAGACGGGCACCAUGCCCAUGGGGCCGAUGGACGGCGCCAGCAGCCAGAGCCCUGUGCUCCGAGUCAUCGUGGAGAACCUCUUCUACCCAGUCACCCUGGACGUGCUUCAUCAGAUCUUCUCCAAGUUUGGAACCGUUCUGAAGAUCAUCACUUUCACCAAAAACAACCAGUUCCAAGCGCUGGUCCAGUAUGCAGAUGGCAUGACCGCACAGCACUCCAAGAUGUCUUUAGAUGGACAGAACAUCUACAAUGCCUGCUGCACACUGCGCAUUAGCUUCUCCAAACUCACCAGCCUCAAUGUGAAAUACAACAACGACAAGAGCCGUGACUACACACGCCCAGACCUGCCCACUGGUGACAGCCAGCCCCCCAUGGAGCACCAGGCUAUGGCAGCUGCUUUCACUGCACCUGGCCUUAUUUCUGCCAAUCCCUACGCUGGAGCUCAUGGCUUCCCCCCGGCCUUCGCCAUCCAGCAGGCAGGUCUGUCCCUGCCCGGCAUGCCCGGAGCCCUGGCGCAGCUGGGCGGACCUGGUGCCGCUGCUGCUGCGGCUGCUGCUGCCGCCGCCGGGCGUCUGGGUCUGGGUGGCAUGGGUCCCGGCGGCCACAGCGUCCUGCUCGUCAGCAAUCUCAACCCCGAGCGUGUUACGCCCCAAUGCCUCUUUAUUCUUUUCGGCGUGUAUGGCGAUGUCAUGAGAGUGAAGAUUCUGUUCAACAAGAAGGAGAACGCCCUGGUACAAAUGGCCGACGCCACACAGGCUCAGCUGGCCAUGAGCCAUCUGAACCAGCAGAAGCUGCAUGGGAAGCCCAUCCGCGUGACCCUGUCCAAGCACACCACCGUCCAGCUGCCCCGUGAGGGCCACGAGGACCAGGGCCUGACCAAGGACUACGGCAACUCCCCGCUGCACCGCUUCAAGAAGCCCGGCUCCAAGAACUACUCCAACAUAUUCCCCCCCUCCUCCACCCUCCAUCUGUCCAACAUCCCACCUUCGGUGGUUGAGGAUGACCUUAGAGGGUUGUUUGUUAGCGCUGGCUACAUGGUCAAGGCCUUCAAGUUCUUCCAGAAGGACCGUAAGAUGGCUCUGAUCCAGAUGGGCGCUGUGGAGGAGGCGAUCGAGGCCCUCAUCGAGUUCCACAACCACGACCUCGGCGAGAGCCAUCACCUCAGAGUCUCCUUCUCCAAGUCCACCAUCUAAGUAGGGCGCGGGAGAACGGGGUUGGUGAAACCAAGCAGAGGGGGCAUGGACUGUCACUUUAGACCAAACGUUUAAAAAAAAGAAAAAAAAGAAGCCUUACACAAUUUAUAUUGCUGUGGAUCGAUCUUUUGUUUUCCACAAGACACACUUCAUCAUUCCUUUUUAUUAAAAAAAAAAAAGUAUAUAUAUAUAUAUCUAUAUAUGUAUGUCUAUUUAAGAUGCCACUAUGAACCAAUAGACCAGAGGGGAUAAGAGACCCGAUGUUUUUGUAUGGGUUUUUUUUUUUUUUAUCAUAGGGCUUUUCAUUUUCUUAGACUGGUAGUGCUCUUUAGAUCUGGUGUUCUUGUAGUCGUAUAGAUCCACCAGAGAUCUUAGAUGCUGCAUAGUUUACACUCUGUGCCUCUGGGGAAACCCACACACACACACACACACACACACACAUAAAACCCACUUUCAGGUUGCACACAUCUUGUCAUUCUGUGUUCAUAAAUCUGAAUACAUCUUUUUUCUUUUCUUUUCUUUUUUGAAUCCCCUUUCUAUCCCUUGGGAGCCAGUACAGACCACUAGAUGUCAGGUGUUUGCACAAUGCUUCCUCCAUUUUGCUGAAGAACACUGUGCCUUAUUGGGCAGAGCUGUUCUUGGGAGUCCAAGAGAAAUGUACAUUUAUUGACAUCAUUACAGUACAUUUAGACAUGUAUGAUUUUUCAGUCUCUGCAACAUUCACAUCCUACGGAAGCCAUGCCGUGUAUGCUGUUUAGUUAAAGAACUGUGAUGGGCAAUGUCACAGUUUUCAAACUGGUUUGAUUUUGCAGCUUUUGUCUUUUCUCAUAAAGAAAGAGCUGGAACAUCAAACCUGAAUCCAUCAUGGUAAACCCCAAGAGAGACUUUGUGCCCUAGCUUUUCAUAAGAUUACCUUUUCCUUACCUUUUCUUUUAAAGAGAAUCUUACGUACGUAGACUAGCCCAUAUAUACUGGCUUCCUUUCUAUAUUGUAUUGGUGUAUAUUCCUUCAGAAUUAUAUCUUAAUGUUUUAUUCUUUUUCAGAGGCGCACAUGGAUGUUUCUGUAAGAUUUCUAUACUGUAUUAGACUGCGAGGGCCCACUAUUCCAUAUCACUGUGCCUUUUGCUAUCUAGGAUCACUUCUGUUUUCACUUCCUGAAGUUUCCCUCUCUGUGUAUGGCUUGUACACUUAGUUUUAUUGUCUGUGAUUUGCUCAAAAUCAGUAUAUCGCUAAUUUCUUCUCUUUUUUUUCUCAUUUGUAUCCCUGUAUCAGUUAUGAUACACAGCUCAGAACCAAAUGAGUUAAUUACAUUCUUAAGUGCUAGAUCUGUCCCAUUUGCCUUAACUAAAGGCCCAAGUCCUUAUUGAUCUUGUUUCAUUUCUUGUGUUACAGACACAGAGUACUUAUUAAGAUGAUUAUAGUAGUGAAUGUUUACAUGUUUUCCAUUUGGCCUCAAUUCAUUGCAACAGAUGCCUUGGACUUCAUGUUUGAGUAAAACUCAAAUUCAAAUACAAGUCUUAAUUUUUUGUUUUUGUUUGAGAAAUGUGACCAACAAAAUUGAUCACUCAUGUCUUAACUUGAUUUUGAGUUUGUAAGCUGUGAAAAGAUUGAUUUCUUAGGCACCAGUGGUCUCACAGUGCUAGUAGCCUUCAAACUUUGCAUGCCUUAUUUGCUCAGUGGAUUUAAUGAAGAGACGUUCCUGUAAUGAGUUCAAUGUAAAACGUAAUUGAAACUGGUCCAUUACACUAUAGGUUACUUGUGUGCAUGUUUUUGAUUUUUCUUUUCUAUGCCCUGUACCUUUUUAAAAUGCAUUGUUGCAAGUGUAAGAGUAUGGUUAGCAUGUGUAAUGAGAAGUGAUGGAGGGGCUAAGGUUAGCCUGGUUGACUGGCUGCUUUGCACUUAAAUGGAUCUGCCAUUUAAGAAAGGUGAACACUUUCACUCAAUUUUCCUAGGCCUAACGGUUACCCUUUUUCUUGUUAAUUUUCUUCGACCAAAUAGCCAAAAUGACAAGUCCAGAAUUUUUCCAGUCAUUUUCUGACAUUUAAUUUACCAUUCCAUUUGUGUUUUGCCCCAACUUUAUCACAUUGUAUGAUGGAUGGGAACUAUGGCUGUAUAUAUUAGUUCUGUUCUUUAAAUGGCCAUUCUGAAUCUACAAGUUUGUUUGUUUAUUCCCUUUCGCAGAACAUGUAUAUUUUGAUGACAAAAGCAACAGAUGUCAGCUCAUUGUAGAGCGUUUCGUAUUUUUUAUAUCACACAAAAAGAAAUUAAAGUGGUUUCAACACA